CAACACCCGAGUCUUGCAGCCACCCCGACGGCUACAUCGACUUGACCUCUCAAUCGCUAGCUCAACAACACUUUUUCUACCGUACUUUUGCCUUUUUCAUUACCAAUCGCUAGCUACUCCGACUUCAUCUCUCAAGAUCACCAACUUCGCCCGCAACCAUGGCUGAACGGAGCCUCUCCCCGAUUCUCGCCCAGCUAAAGCAGUCUCCUCAGAUGAGCUACCCCGAGGCCAGCGCCCUCCUCUCCAAGGCGAAGCUUCUCCUCCUCAGCGUAAACGCCCUCACUCCGAAUCCCUCAGCGCCCUCGAACCUCCUCGCCCUUGCCCGGGAGACAUACGAGCAAGGUGCCCUGUUCUCCAUCCGCGCCAAGAAUGCCGAUGCCUUUACGCGCUACGUCCAGCAGCUCCAGCCCUUUUACGAGCUACCAUCGGCGGCCCUGCCUCCGAACCUGCCCGAACGCAACAAGGUUACGGGAUUAAGCUUGCUGCUACUCCUCACCCAAGGCCGCUAUGCCGAGUUUCACUCAGAGCUGGAGAGUCUGGCAAAUCGAGAUGGUGGCGGAACCGACGUCGAAGGCGAUCGUUACCUGGGAUAUCCUGUUCGUCUAGAGAGGUGGCUCAUGGAGGGAAGCUAUGAUCGUGUAUGGAAGGCAAUGAAGAGCAGCGAGGUGCCCUGCGACGAGUACAGUGUUUUCUCAGAGAUUCUCAAGAACCAAAUACGCUCUGAAAUCGCCAGCAGCAGCGAGCGAGCCUAUCCUAGCCUUCCCAUCAGCUCCACCAAGUCCUUGUUAUUCCUCAACUCAGAAGGAGAGGUUAUUCAGUUUGCUAACCACCGUGGAUGGAUUGUCAAGGAGGGCCACAUCUACUUCCCUAGUACUACCGCUGAUGGUGAAGACGGGGCGAGUGCCAAAGACAUGAGCCAAAUGAUUAUGGAGAAUACCUUGGGCUAUGCUCGCGAGCUAGAAACUAUUGUGUAAAGAUUAUAUCGAAUUAGACACGGUUCAUAUUACAUUACACGGAAUACCUUGCAAUGCGCAUCAGCAUAUGCUGUGACAAGCCUGGUAUCAUAGACUCCAUACCACUAAUAAUAGGGAGCGAUUUAUUUCUGCUUUGGGUUAAUCGAA